CUGGAAGCCCAAGCGGAUGGUGGAGAAAUGGUUGCCCUUUUUCCCGAAGACCUCCAGUUAAGGCCACGGCACCAAGCACAGCUAGCUGGGUCUGAAGCAGUACUAGUGAUUCCAUUACUCACCUCAGAAGCCAGAACAAAGGUCAAGAUGCCAAAAAAGCCAACACAUGACGAAGUAAUGCUGUGGUCUGAAUCAGUGGAUAAACUGUUGUCUCACAAAGCUGGUCAGAUUGCUUUCAGAAACUUUCUUACAAAGGAAUACAGUGAAGAGAACAUCGAUUUCUGGUUGGCCUGCGAAGACUACAAGAAAAUCAAGUGUCCUACAAAACUGGCUUGUGAGGCCAAGAAGAUUUAUACCAAAUUUAUCAAAGUUGAGGCACCUGGAGAGAUUAACAUUGAUUUUACAACACGAGAGAAUAUUGCCAAAAGCAUCAAUGAGCCUACCCCUUCCAGCUUUGACCUGGCACAGAAACUAAUCUACAGCCUGAUGGCGAAAGACUGUUAUCCCAGAUUCCUGAAGUCCAACAACUACCUGGAACUGGUAACCAAUGCAGAAAAAAGUCAGCAGAAAUGAAACCAUUCUGUUUUGACAUUAUGUACAAUGAGCAGUAAAUCAUCAGACCAGAAAUAGUAAUUAGUUGUUGGCUGGACAGUGAGAAUAUUGCCAGUAAUUUAAGGCCAUCUGGAUAGCUCAGGCUGAUCUGAAAUAAUUAAUGACAAAAGUGAUUAAUGAAAUGUUCCCAAACAUUUAGACUGCUGUAAUCCUGAAGAAGAAUAUUCUCAGUGCAUUUAGUUUUUUAGUUAUUGUCAGAAGAUUUGAAGGACUCUGUGUUAAUCUCCAAGAUUGAUCUGAACAUUAUACUGUCGAGUGUUAAAUCUUGUUGUUGCUAAUAUUGUGGGCCUCGCAGAGGAGUUGUCCUUAUUUGGGAUUGAAAUGCUAGUUUGGCUGUUAAGCAUACUAGGAUUUUAGUCAUGAACAUCAAAGAGUCUAAAAUUGCUUAAGUUAGAACAAUAAGAUUUCAAUGCUUAACUCACGACAUGAAUUCAAAUUUCUUCCAAUUAAUGAGGUGAUAAUACUCGCCUUAAAGUGAAUUCAGGGAGACCUAUACUGAAACAUUCUCAUUGUGCCUUUUAUGUAGGUUCUGUCAUAACUUUCAAAGAGUAUUGGAAUAAAUGGCCUUGUUUUCUGGGUGUUUAGUCAUUAUAGAUGGUACUAUUCUUUUCUCAAAUAAUUUAUUUAUAAAAAUUUCAAUCGCUUUAUAAAAAGCGAUCAUCCAAAGGACUGGAUUUAAGCCAUCUGUUCCAAAUUUGGCAAGAAUGCACUUUAAAUGACUCAGGAAAGUAUAACUAAUCUCCAAAUUAUCUUUAGAUUUGAUAAGGAAAACCAAUAAAGGACUAUCACAU